AUGAGAUCUGUGAAAUGCGUGGUGGUGGGCGAUGGUGCCGUAGGUAAGACAUCGCUUCUCAUCUCUUACACAACCAAUACGUUCCCCCAGGACUACAUCCCGACCGUCUUCGACAACUACACGACAACCAUUGCGCUCAACGACGGCAAGUCGAUGGAGCACCAGGUCUAUCGGCUCAAUCUGUGGGAUACCGCGGGCCAGGAGGAAUACGACCGGCUCAGACCGCUCUCGUAUCCCCAGACAGACAUCUUCCUGUUGUGCUUCAGCGUGAACGAGCCCAACUCGUUCGAAAACGUCCGGGACAAGUGGUUUCCCGAGAUCAGACACAACACCAACUACGAGAACAUGGAGCUGUUCCGCAGCUGCGGCAAAUACCCGAUCCUGCUGGUGGGCACCAAGGCAGAUCUCCGCGACGACGAGCACGAGCAGGACCGGCUCACAGAAGUCAACUCCGACUUCGUAUCUCGCUCCGAGAUCGAGCAGUGCGUUGCGCAGUGUGGACUCAUGGGCUACGUGGAGUGCUCUGCGGCCACCCAGGUCGGUGUCGCAGAGGUGUUCGAGCGUGCUGUCCAGUGCGUGGUCGUCGAGCCCGAUAGGCUCAUCAACCAGGCCAAGGCGGCCAGCGGUCCCAGCCACGAUCGCCAGGUGGGUGGCCCAGCAGGCUCGCACGAUUUUGCGGGCGCUGGCGUCGGCGAUUUGGGCUCCAAUUCCACUUGGAAGAACACAAGCUCAGGUCUACCCAAGAAGAGGAAGAAGAAGAACUCCAAGUGUAGUAUACUGUAA